AUAUAUAAAGAUAAUAAUAUUGGGCAACCGCUUCGGAAGUUGUACAUUUGAGACAAUUUGUAACCCUCCCCCUUUGUUUUCUACCGUACAACCAAUUGCUGCAAACAACGGUUACAGAAAUUCAUGGCUGCCUCUCUCAUUCUCUCUCGAGUCACACGGAACACUCUCAAACUCAGAGCGGAAAUGGCUUUGAAUUCGGUUAGAGGUCGCCGGAACACUGCGUCUGUUAGAGUAGCCGGACGUCCAUGGCGCUGCUCCAUCUAUACUGUCAGAUUCUUCGUCGGUUUCCUGGCCGUCAUAGUUUCGGUUUUCAUGACUGUCUCGUUUCUCCUUUCUCCCGCCGGCUCCGCCGACGGCGACAUCGUUUUUUCUCAUAGCAGUGUUUAUGGAUCUUCUCGGAGAUCAAUGCUGGCGUUGAAAUCUGAUCCAAUCAAGUCAAGGAUCUAUCAAGUUCGUAAACAAGCAGAGGAUCACAGAAAUUUAGCUUUGGCUUAUGCUUCCUAUGCUCGGAAACUCAAGCUCGAAAACUCGAAGCUCCUGAGGAGAUUCUCUUAUCUCUCUCAAAAUCUCACUGAAUUAAGCUCCAAGUAUAAGGUAUUACAUGAUUCGGAUUCAAAAUUAAUUGAUGAAUCUGUUCUCAGACAGUUCGAGAAGGAGGUGAAGGACCAAAUUAAGCUCACAAGGGCAGUGAUUUCUGAGGCAAAAGAAUCAUACGAUAAUCAGCUGAAGAUACAUAAAUUGAAGGACACAAUCUUUUCCUUGAACGAACAAUUGUCGAAAUUGAAACGACAAGGUGCUUUUGCAAGCUUGAUUGCUGCCAAAUCGAUUCCGAAGAGCUUGCAUUGCUUAGCUUUAAGAUUGAUGGAAGAGCGAAUUGCGAAUCCUGAGAAGUACACAGAUGAAGGAAUUCUCCCCAAGCCUGAAAUCGAGGAUCCGAAUCUGUACCAUUAUGCAAUUUUCUCUGAUAACGUAAUUGCUGCUUCGGUUGUGGUUAACUCUGCAGUGGAAAAUGCAAAGGAGCCACGGAAGCAUGUGUUUCAUGUGGUGACCGAUAAGAUGAAUCUCGGAACUAUGCAGGUGAUGUUCAAGAUGAGGGACUACAGAGGUGCUCAUAUCGAAAUAAAGGCUGUUGAGGAUUUCAAAUUUCUCAAUUCUUCUUAUGUGCCGGUGCUGAAACAGAUUGAGUCCGCCAAGCUGCUGCAGUUCUACUUUGAGAAUAAGCUUGAAAAUGCAACAAAGGACGCCACGAACAUGAAGUUCAGGAACCCAAAGUAUCUGUCAAUACUAAAUCAUCUCAGAUUCUAUCUGCCUGAAAUGUACCCAAACCUGCACAAGAUUUUGUUCUUGGAUGAUGACAUAGUGGUCCAGAAAGAUCUCACCGAGCUUUGGGAUAUGGAUAUGGAUGGAAAAGUGAACGCGGCUGUGGAGACAUGUUUCGGAUCGUUUCAUCGCUAUGCACAAUACAUGAACUUCUCACACCCUUUGAUCAAAUCCAGAUUCAGUCCCAAGGCAUGUGCUUGGGCUUAUGGGAUGAAUUUCUUCGAUUUGGACGCUUGGAGGAGACAGGACUGCACCAAAGAAUACCACUACUGGCAGAAUAUGAAUGAGAACCGGACAUUGUGGAAGUUAGGAACGCUACCUCCGGGGCUGAUCACAUUCUACUCAACAACAAAGCCACUGAACAAAUCGUGGCAUGUUUUGGGGCUGGGAUACAAUCCGAGCAUAAGCAUGGAUGAGAUCAAGAAUGCAGCCGUCAUACACUUCAACGGGAAUAUGAAGCCGUGGCUCGACAUUGCAAUACCCCAAUUUCGUCCACUUUGGACCAAGUACGUCGACUACAGGAACGAGUAUGUACAGAGCUGCAAUUUUGGCUUAUGAUGAAGCCGGGGAUUGGCAAAAAAGUCGAUUCUUUAAUCUUUCUACAAGGUCUUCGGAGCCUUAUUACUGCUCCUAAACAGGCCUGGUAAGUUUUCUUUCUUUCUCUUAGAUUAAAUUUUACCACUUGUCUAUUUGUUUGUUUUUAUCUUCUUUUAUCGUGUUCCAUGGUUCUUGUUUUAGUGUGUAGAUUUAGUUGUUUUUUUUGUAACAUAGGAACUCGCAGUUGCUUACAUCACGCAAGCAUUUUGUUUCAUAGGUUCA